ACUGCUGAGCGCCAUUACGCACGACAAACGCCUGGCCUGUUGCCUUUCCUGACCAUCGUUGAAGGUGGGGCAUGCGUUGGGACUGACCAAACCGGAAAUCCCAUGAAAGUAGGACUUGUCUGUCCGUCGGGCAGUCUGCCAGUCAGCCUGAGUGUGGGCAGCCAGGGCAGCUCUCUGGCCUAAGAGGCCCCCUCGAGCCUCCCGGUUGGACCAAGAGCAGUUCGGGCUCAGUCUGACGGGGGGCCUCCCUGAGAGCCGGCUGGUCAGGCCCCCAGGAGCCUGUCUCUGUGUCGCCAGCCCGCCACCACGCCGGCCACCGGGCCCAGCGGAGGGGCAGCCGAGCCGUCGGCCGGUUAAUGACCAGUUACUCAUCCUCUCAUCCCUUCUGGACCACACAGUUCUGAGGUCGGAGCUGGCUGCAGUAAAGGCCCUAGACUUCUUCUGUCCCUGAGAGCCACCAAUGCUGCAGAUGGUGGUGCCGCCCAAAGGUCUGGAACCUGCGGAGCUGGUCUCUUCCUCUUGCUCUUUGAAGAAGAUGCUGCAGUGCAGCUGCUCCUUCCACGGGGUUCCCGCACCCUAUGUGCGGUGGUGGUUGAAAGGUGAUGUCAUCGGAAUAGACAACCCCCAGGUGACUUCUACCAUCCUUGCCCCCUGGAGCAACACCACCAUCAGCCUGACCGAGAUGCCAGAAAUGGGCACACACCUUCUCUGUGAGGGGAAGAACGAAUAUGGAAACCAUGCUAUGAAUAUCAUACUGAUGUCAAUAAAGAGUCCUUUGGCUACCCAGAGUUUCAUCAACGGGCUCUUCCAGGGCCUUGUCUAUGGAGUCAUUGCAACUACACUGCUCUUUCUCUGCCUCACCCCAUGCAUAAUGGGCCACAUCAGAAAGACAUUGUCAAAGAUAAUUGCAGUGAUCAAGGCCGAAAGGAGCCCGUCAGAACCCAACAUGGCUCUGAAUCCUGAGGAACCAGAAAAAUCCACAAUCAUGCCGUCUUCUGGGAGCAAGAGUGUGGACACAUUAUCCUAAACUUCCAGGAAAAAGCAAGAUAAUUUGGGGCUGACAAACCCUGGGAGAACUACAUUCACACCUGGAUUGGCCAUUAUCCCACGGAACUGUUAAAGCCUGGAAACCAGGAGCCUGUAACAAAUCUGGACCCCCUGAGUCUCAGUUUACAAAGGCCUCUCAAGCCCCUACCCUGUCCUCACACUGGUUCUCCAUCGAAUAGGGUUACUCUUGGACCUGAUCAUAGAAGCUUUGAAAGCAAACUAUGAACUGUUGUUUUAGCCAGAAGAAAUAUGCCCUGUCCUGGAAUGGUGUCAAAGGAAGGAAAAAUAAACAUGAGACUAUGAAAUAGGUCCACCAAAAAAGUGCCUUUUGAGCCCCUACUGUGUGCUCAGGACUUGGAAUAUACAUACAAGAGGACCAAGCUUUGAAACCAUAAUAUAUGGAUUAAAUCCCAACUUCAGUGCUUAGUGGUCAUAUGUCUCAGAUAAGACCACCUUUGACCUUUUAACUUUUAACUUCAGUAUCCUCACCUGAGGUGUACCUGGAUGGAGAGUGAGUGAAAAGUGUCCAGAGAUACAGGUGGAGAAAAGAGACAAACAUGGGCCAUGGAUGCCAACAUAAGGCAGUGGAGCUUUAUCUGGUAGGACUUUAUUCUGACUCACUCAGAAUGUAAGUUCCAUGAGAACAGGGAUGUUGUCUUUUUUUUUCUCUACACUUAGAACAGUUUAAAAUAAACUCUCACAGUAGUUUAAUA